CGCAGCACCUCCUCUUCCUCCUCCAGACUCUUAUUGUGAAACUCUCCGGUUGUUUACACGCAGCCUCUCAGUGACUCUCCUUCGGAACGGACCCGGCUAUGCUCUCUGUUACCUGGACUGUGUGCUUCUUGUUCCUCUGGUUCUCCCUCCUCUCCUCGGCCUCCUCCCUCCGGAUCCCCCCCUACGAUGAGGUGGCUCGGGUGGCUCGCUUCGUGGCUCACCAGUGUGAUUGGGCCUCCAUGGCCACCGUCUCGUCCCACAGCCCGCUGCAGGGUCGGCCCUUCUCCAACACCUUUUCUGUGAGCGACGGGCCGAGGGGCUCCGGGACCGGGGUGCCCUACCUGUACCUGACCCGCAUGGAGGUCUCGGUGCAGGACCUGCAGGUGAACCCCGCCUCCUCUCUCUCCAUGUCUCUGGCUCAGACUGAUUACUGCAGACUGCAGGGCUUCGACCCCCAGAGCCCCCUGUGUGCCCACAUCAUCCUGUCAGGAGACAUGGUGGAGGUGGAAGGUGUGGAGGCGGAGUUUGCCCAGAAGGCGUUGUUCACUCGUCACCCUGAGAUGAUGGAGUGGCCAGUCGACCACGGCUGGUUCUUUGCCAAGCUCAACAUCACACAGGUGUGGGUGCUGGAUUAUUUUGGAGGGGUGAAGAAGGUGACCCCCGAGGAGUACUUCAACGCCACGCUGCACAGACAGCACCACUGACCCGCUACUGCUGCUGGAUGAUGUAGUUCUACUACUCAGAGUGUAGUUCUACUCAGUGUGUAGUUCUACUACUCAGUGUGUAGUUCUACUCAGUGUGUAGUUGUAUGACUCAGUGUGUAGUUGUAUGACUCAGUGUGUAGUUCUACUACUCAGUGUGUAGUUCUACUCAGUGUGUAGUUGUAUGACUCAGUGUGUAGUUCUACUACUCAGUGUGUAGUUCUACUACUCAGUGUGUAGUUCUACUCAGUGUGUAGUUCUACUACUCAGUGUGUAGUUCUACUCAGUGUGUAGUUCUACUACUCAGUGUGUAGUUCUACUACUCAGUGUGUAGUUCUACUACUCAGUGUGUAGUUCUACUCAGUGUGUAGUUCUACUACUCAGUGUGUAGUUCUACUCAGUGUGUAGUUCUACUCAGUGUGUAGUUCUAUGACUCAGUGUGUAGUUCUACUCAGUGUGUAGUUCUACUCAGUGUGUAGUUCUACUCAGUGUGUAGUUCUACUCAGAGUGUAGUUCUACUCAGUGUGUAGUUCUACUCAGUGUGUAGUUCUAUGACUCAGUGUGUAGUUCUAUGACUCGUGGAAUACAGAACAGUGAAUCUGAGGCUGGAAAUAUAAACAUGUGAUCCUAAAUGAGUGAAAUAUGUUUUCUCAGGUUUGUUUUCUUCAUGUAUGGAAGCACCAAACUCCACCCAUUUAAGGGGAUUUUAAAAUAAGAUUAGCACGACAGCAUUAUGAUGUACAGAUGAUUCAUAAACACAGCACAGCUUCAAGAUAUUUCAUGAAUACUCCCUGAGGAUCAACAUCGCUUUCUUUGCCGUGAAAUGAUAUUUUUGUAUAAAUAAAGUUUGUUGAAAAUGUAAAA